GGCUGCAAAUAAAGCAGAUGUGUUUGUUGUGAAUUUCAGUGCUGUCUAGACUUUCUUUUACCAAAGCAGACAUUCAGGCUUUAACCUGUGGAGUUUUCUUUAGUCUGUCAUUUUUCAACUAAUUCUAUGAGCUGUUCAUAAAGCAGUGCAAAUAAAUAGAGAUGAAAUGGAGAAGUCAAGGAAACUGGGAUCGAUGAAAGAUGAGGACCAGUUUUAUCAUCAGGGUGCGGUGGAGCUGUUGGUUUUCAACUUUUUACUCAUCCUUACAAUACUUACCAUUUGGCUGUUUAAAAAUCAUCGAUUUCGCUUUUUGCAUGAAACUGGAGGCGCCAUGGUUUACGGUCUCAUAAUGGGAUUAAUUUUGCGGUAUGCUACAGCACCAUCUGACUUUUCAAAGGGGAUUGUCUAUGACUGUGAGAAGCUCCAAGCUGGCUUGCCCACUCUGCUCAUCAACAUAACAAAUCAAGUGUAUGAGUAUCAGUACAAAAGGGAAAUCAGCCAGCAUAAUGUCAAUGCGCACCAAGGCAAUGCCAUGCUACAGAAGAUGACCUUUGAUCCUUCAAUCUUCUUCAAUGUUUUACUACCACCCAUUAUAUUUCAUGCAGGAUACAGCUUAAAGAAAAGACACUUUUUCCGUAACUUGGGAUCCAUUUUAGCAUAUGCUUUUUUGGGGACUGCCAUUUCUUGCAUGGUGAUAGGGUUGAUAAUGUAUGGCUUUGUAAAAGCCAUGGUCCAAAUCAAUCAGCUGAAGAGUGGUGACUUUCACUUCACUGACUGUUUAUUCUUUGGUUCCUUGAUGUCUGCUACAGAUCCAGUGACUGUCCUGGCUAUUUUCCAUGAACUUCAUGUUGAUACAGAUCUCUACACUCUCCUUUUUGGCGAAAGUGUCCUAAAUGAUGCUGUGGCUAUUGUUCUGACAUAUUCGAUAUCAAUUUACAGUCCCAAGGAGAAUCCCAAUGCUUUUGACGCUGCUGCCUUCUUUCAGUCUGUGGGGAAUUUUCUAGGGAUUUUUGCUGGAUCAUUUGCUAUGGGGUCUGCCUAUGCAGUUGUCGCUGCUUUAAUAUCCUUUGUUGUCAAACACUUAAAAUUCAGCCUGUUUGGAAGAUCCAGUGUUGUAGAACAGAAUACUGCUGUACAACUAUUUUCUGCUUCACUUGAAACAAGACUUUUUGAUUAAGAUUUCAGUGAUAUCCUGACCAUCAUAAUUUGAAACAUAGCCAGUUUUGGCUUUUCUCAAUUCAUGCACCUAAAGUACAACUGAAUUAACAUACUGCAAAUAUGCUACCAUCACUAUUGAUGGAAAGAUGAUGAAAGAGUUCACUGC